GCAGCUACAGAAAGCGCAGCUGCUCAGCUACAGUCUCCGCCCCCUUCCCGCUCCGGUGACAGUCUCUGCGGAAAGUCGCGUUCGUGGUUUUUGGAGAGCACCGAGUGGGAAGACGGCGGUCCAGCCGGGUAGUCCGUGCCAGGCGACGAAGAAACGUUUUCCUGGUGAACCAUUCCUCCUUCCCUUUAGGCAGCCCGCACCCCCAGGGCCUGAAGAUGCUGAGAUCUACGUGGAAUUUUCUGAAACGUCACAAAAAGAAAUGCAUCUUCCUGGGUACGGUCCUCGGAGGAAUAUAUAUCCUGGGGAAAUAUGGACAGAAGAAAAUCAGAGAAAUACAAGAAAGGGAGGCUGCAGAAUACAUUGCCCAAGCACGACGACAAUAUCAUUUUGAAAGUAACCAGAGGACUUGCAAUAUGACAGUGCUGUCCAUGCUUCCAACACUGAGAGAGGCCUUAAUGCAGCAACUCAAUUCUGAGAGCCUUACAGCUCUGCUAAAAAACAGGCCUUCAAACAAGCUAGACAUAUGGGAGGAUCUGAAGAUAAUAAGUAAGCCUGCGUAUUCUGUGCAACAGAACAGCCUUAAAAUAUUUUUAACGGGGAAUUUUUGUACUCUAUUAUGUUUCACAAGAAGUAUCGUAGCUGUGUACAGUACUUGCAUGCUGGUGGUUCUUUUGCGAGUCCAGUUAAACAUAAUUGGUGGAUAUAUUUACCUGGAUAAUGCAGCAGUUGGCAAAAAUGGCACCACAGUUCUUGCCCCCCCAGAUGUCCAACAGCAAUAUUUAUCAAGUAUUCAACACCUCCUUGGAGAUGGCCUGACAGAAUUGAUUACUGUCAUUAAACAAGCUGUGCAGAAGAUUUUAGGAAGUGUUUCUCUUAAACAUUCUUUGUCCCUUUUGGACUUGGAGCAAAAACUAAAAGAAAUCAGAGAUCUCGUUGAGCAACAUAAAUCUUCUUCUUGGAUUAAUAACGAUGGAUCCAGAUCUUUAUUGUGCCAUUAUAUGAUGCCAGAUGAAGAAACUCCGUUAGCAGUUCAGGCCUGUGGGCUUUCUCCUAGAGAUGUUACCACUAUUAAACUACUCAAUGAAACUAGAGACAUGUUGGAAAGUCCAGAUUUUAGUACAGUUUUGAAUACCUGUCUAAACCGAGGAUUUAGUAGACUGCUAGACAAUAUGGCUGAGUUCUUUCGACCUACUGAACAGGACCUGCAACACGGUAACUCCAUGAAUAGUCUUUCCAGUGUCAGCCUGCCUUUAGCUAAGAUAAUUCCAAUAAUAAAUGGACAGAUCCAUUCAGUUUGCAGUGAAACACCUAGUCAUUUUGUGCAGGAUCUGUUAAUGAUGGAGCAAGUGAAAGACUUCGCUGCUAAUGUGUACGAGGCCUUUAGUACUCCUCAACAACUGGAGAAAUGAUUUUUUCCUUCAGGAAGAACUACAGUGGAAUUCAUUUGCUUUAAAAAAUACACUGAAUAAAUCAACUAUAUAGAGGGUAAUGAUUUGGUACUGAAAUGUCUAAUAAAAAUAUAUUCAUAAUCAAAGUCUUCAUUUCAUAAUAAAAUAGAUUUAUUUGGCAUCUUAAUAUAUUUUUUUAAAGUCAUCAACAAACUGGUUUUUGUGGGCAUAUCUGAGUGUACACAGGGCAAAUGUCAGAAUUGUUAAUAAUUUGUUACACCAUGGAUAUUAGUUCCAAACUGAUUAAUGUAGAUACUUUUUUUAUAUAAUAGGAAAUUCAGUAUACUUUGACAUUAAUACUGAGGUAAAAUCUGUUUGGGAAGUAGGUGUGAAGUCUGGAAAAUAAUGCUAUUUAAUCAUUAAGUUCUCUGGACUACAGUAUACAGGAGUGAAUCAGACUUCCAGUUAGUAUUCAAAGGGAUAAAUUAUUUGUCUUAAAUAUACCUGAUUGAGGACUUCGUUUUUUUAUAGAAAUCAGUUAAUUUAGCAACUGUGAUCGGGACUUCCCUGGCAGUCCAGUGGUUAAAACUCCCCGCUUCUCCUGCAGGGGGAACGGGUUCGAUCCCUGAUCCCUGGUAGGGGGAACUAAGAUUUUGCAUGCCGCGUGGCACGGCCAGAAAAAAAUAGGGAACAACUAUGAUCAGCAAUUUUUUUCUUUACUGUUGUUAACAAUCCUUAGGAAACUACAUAUUGAUUUAGGGGCAAAAAUUGUGUUGAUGCCGUUUACUCACAGCCAUGAUUAACUACUGUACAUAGUUUCAUUCAUUUUUUGUAAAUAAUUUUAAUAACUUACUUUGUAUUGAUUUUGAACAGUGAAUCUUAUUGCAAUAAAGUAUUUUAGUAAAAUAUGGUUUUAUUGAGUUAAUACUUUACAGCUAUUAAUUUAUUUGUCCCAUAGCAUUUUUGCUGUUAUUUUUGGAGAUUACACUAGUUUUCAAGUUUCAUUUUAACUGGUAAUUGUUGCUUUCUUUUAACUUACUUGUUUAGAAAAAAUAAAUAGCAUUUCCUUCUGAAAAGAAAUAAUUCAUUGUUCUAGUAAAUCUAUAGUUCUUUAUAUGGGUAAUUAGAGGAGAAAUAAAUGAAUCAUGAUCGUCAUUAUAUUAGAUAUACUUUCAGUAGCAUAAGAAUAUUUUCAGUAGCAUCAUUUUAUGUUGUUUUAUUUCUCUAACAUACAACAUAUAGCUAAAUAGUAGAAGGUAGAAAAUGAAUUGUGAAGUCUCUUCUAAGGCCAGGUUAGGCCUGAAGCCAACCACUAGGGAAUCUAUGCCUAGAAUAUUUUUUUAAAAAAACAAAAAACAAAACAAGAAAACCAGAAAAAACAGAUGUAAAAGUGGAGAGGAGAGCAAAUGCUUCUUUUCAAAAUUUGACAGAAUAUAAUGAUGUUAUUUCUAAUAGCGUGGUGGAAAAACUGUA